AUGGCCACCCCGCUGCAUCCUUUCCGCGUUGUGUACAAAACCACUUCUGAUGGUUUGGAGAUCGAUGCAGAUGUAUACCUCCCCACCUUACCACUUACAGUAAUCACCAUUCAUGGUGGCGCCUUCAUGCUUGGUUCCUCGCGAAUGGUGAAUGAAGACCAAAUUCGCGAUUGCUUGUCAAGGGAAUGGGUCGUCGUGUCGCCUAAUCACAGGCUAUGUCCGCAAGUGGAUCUACUGGAGGGUCCGAUGCAGGACUGUAGAGACCUGUUGGCGUGGAUAUAUGAAGGGAAGCUGGAGCAAGCUCUAAAGAAGAGCGGAAAAGAGUCGGCACUAGAUAUGGACAGGGUAUACGCUAUGGGGACGAGUUCGGGAGGGACGCUCGCGCUGUCGCUGGGCUUCGACGUCCCCAAGCCCGCAGCGGCAAUCUACUCCAUGUACGGCGCCUCAAAUUUCUCUGACCCCUUCUGGACCACGCCCCUUCCCCACGUCGCCGCAAAGCUCCCACCGACCCUCGACGACACCUUCCUCAACCGCGUCUUCAACGGCCCCGUCCCAAUCACCGGCGGCGUCUCGCUCGAAGGUCAAGCAGUCGGCCCACCGGACUUCAAGGACCCCAGACAAGCGUAUGCCUUGACGCGGAUUGCACGGGGGAAAGUCCUAGAUGCUAUAUUCCCUUCGAAAGACUGGGAUAAGGUUGAUCCGCUGAGGAACGUUAGUGAGAAUUUUCCACCGACGUUUAUUGUGCAUGGGGGAGCCGAUACGAUGGUUCCGGUUGACUUGAGCAAGGCGCUGUUUGCGAGGUUGAAGGAGUGCGGGGUUAGGUGUGGGAUGGUGGUUGUGGAGGGCGAGGAGCAUACGUUUGCGGCAAAGAUGAAGGUUGGUUCGAGGACUUGGGAGAUGCAGAGAGAGGGUUUUGAGUUUUUGGAAGGGGUUGUUGGGAGGGGCGAUUGA